GGUGCUGAAAACCCGGCGCGCGGGCGGUGGUCUCCGGGCGCGCGCUAGCGGGCCGGCUCACCUAGUACGUGAGGCUGGCGCGCGCUACGCCUCGGGCCCGGAACGCGCGCCUGACAGCCUGCGCCGGCUCGCGCGCUUUGUCGCGGGGCCGCGAUGGUCCCCAAGACCCCAGCCCCGGGACCGACCUCGCGCUACUUCUCCUGGGACGAGGUGGCGCAGCGCUCCGGGCGCGAGGAGGAGCGGUGGCUCGUGAUCGACCGGAAGGUGUACAACAUCAGCGAGUUCACCCGCCGGCACCCCGGGGGCUCCCGGGUCAUCAGCCACUACGCGGGGCAGGAUGCUACGGAUCCCUUUGUGGCAUUCCACAUCAACAAGGGCCUUGUGAGGAAGUACAUGAAUUCGCUUCUGAUUGGAGAACUAUCUCCAGAGGAGCCCAGCUUUGAACCCACUAAGAAUAAAGAGCUGACUGAUGAGUUCCGGGAGCUGCGGGCCACAGUGGAGCAGAUGGGACUCCUGAAGGCCAACCCCAUCUUCUUCCUGCUCUACCUGCUGCAUAUCCUGCUGCUGGAUGUCGCUGCCUGGCUCACUCUUUGGGUCUUUGGGACAUCCUUUGUGCCCUUCUUCCUCUGUGCAGUAAUGCUCACCACAGUUCAGGCCCAGGCUGGCUGGCUGCAGCAUGACUUUGGGCACCUGUCCGUCUUUGGCACCUCUACGUGGAACCACUUGCUACAUCAUUUCGUGAUUGGCCACCUAAAGGGGGCCCCUGCCAGUUGGUGGAACCACAUGCACUUCCAGCACCAUGCCAAACCCAACUGUUUCCGCAAGGACCCAGACAUCAACAUGCAUCCCUUCUUCUUUGCCUUGGGGAAGAUCCUCUCUGUGGAGCUUGGGAAACAGAAGAAAAAGUAUAUGCCGUACAACCACCAGCAUAAAUACUUCUUCCUGAUUGGUCCCCCAGCCUUGCUGCCUCUCUACUUCCAGUGGUAUAUUUUCUAUUUUGUUAUCCAGCGGAAGAAGUGGGUGGACUUGGCCUGGAUGAUCACCUUCUACGCCCGCAUCUUCCUCACUUAUGUGCCACUGUUGGGACUGAAAGGCUUCCUGGGCCUGUUCUUCAUGGUCAGGUUCCUGGAAAGCAACUGGUUUGUGUGGGUGACACAGAUGAACCAUAUCCCCAUGCACAUUGAUCACGACCGGAACGUGGACUGGGUCUCCACCCAGCUCCAGGCAACAUGCAAUGUCCACAAGUCCGCCUUCAAUGACUGGUUCAGUGGACAUCUCAACUUCCAGAUUGAGCACCAUCUUUUCCCUACUAUGCCUCGACACAAUUACUACAAAGUGGCUCCCUUGGUGCAGUCCCUGUGUGCUAAGCAUGGCAUAGAGUACCAGUCCAAGCCCCUGCUCUCAGCCUUUGCUGACAUUGUCCACUCACUGAAGGAGUCCGGGCAGCUCUGGCUAGAUGCCUAUCUUCACCAAUAACAACAGCCCUGUCUGGAAGAGGAGCUUCUGGAGCCAAAGCAGAGGGGAGCUGGAGGGACAAUGCCACUAAAUGCUAAUAUUCAGAGGGGGUGUGUUUGAGGAGAUAAAGGGGAGGGAUCAGAGUGAGAACCUUUAUCUCUAGGCACAGACCUAGGACUCAGAGAGGGGUAGGGAACAUCCCUUGAAGAGAGGGAUGGAGCUUUUUUUUUGGUUCCAUUGUUUCUUUUUUCUAGUUUGGCAGAUAUAAAUGGUUGGUGAGCAAAGAGGAAGUCAGGAGGGUUAUAAAAACAGGGAGGACCUACCCAGCCUGGAAAUCAGGAAGAGAUUUAGCACCAACAUUCCACCCAGGAAAAGAAGGGGUGAGCUCACCUCACUGGUUCACUUCUCAGUGCCUUUUCCUCCCUCACUUGCAAACCUCAGAGGUUCACAGGCUGAAGGGAGACAGAGCAGCUGAACCUUUUGAGCAAGAUUUAGAAAGGAAGCAUUAGUGCUUAGAAUUCUGAGGCCUGGCAUAACGUAGUGCUUGGAGGAAGCUCAGAUCACUCUAGGGCUUGGCGUGACCUAUGUCUGCCUCAGGCUCCUGGAGAAGCCGUUGUCCACUUUCAGAAGCAGGCAGGGCAAAGGCCACAACUAUGUUAUUGGAGGCAGACAUCUGACCUUGAAGGAUCCUGGCCCUAGUGAUUUUGGUCUCAUAUCCCAGCCAGGGUAUCUCUUGGGAGCAUUAGGUUUUAGGUCUUGCCAAAACAGCAGAGAAGGUUGCUGGCCAUUAAAAAUCCCUUUAGCUUUUGAUUCACCUUUUCUAAACACCACCCAAGGAAAAGAACACUCCUAGGACAUGAGUCCACUUCUUGCAAGUGAGCAGAUAGGGCAACUAGUCUCCUUCCUGGAAACAUGGGUCUUCCAAUGGUUUUCCUUUGCUUUCCUACCUGUAAUUCCAAGUUCAACAAAAUAGCAGUCACUAAACACAGUGGUUAAGUUGGGAGAUACUGAAUUACCAGUCAUGAGAAAACCCAAGUGUCUAUCAUAAACAGCCUAAGGGCUGUCAGAAAUGUAUAGCCUAAAUAUGUUACAUUACUUUGGCGUAGGAGCAGUCGAUUAAAUACAAUCGUGUCAUAGUUCUAAACCAGUAAUAGGGAGAUAAAACCACAGAAGUUGUGAUUGUCAUUGCUGUCGUUAGGCUUCUCACUGUCAAUUCUGUUCAAGUACCUUUCUCUGGUGACAACCGGCUAGGAAUUUAGGGUAAUCUCUUAAAAAGCUUAUCAGUUCAAUGCUGAAAUACAACUUUUAAAUCUGGUUUUUAAAGAAAAAAAACAAGUUUAACCCACCUCUGUAGAGAGAACAUUGGAAUGUGCCCCAGAAUCUUGUCACCAGCAUUCACAUGGCUUCCCUCCCCACACCCUCCUUUCAGUUCAGGUGGCGUAUCAGUCGCCUGUUCUGCAUCUACUCUUAAGCAUACUGAGCACUCUGGACACUGAAGGAGGGAACCCCAAACGAGAAGGAAAAAGCAGAGCCCUAGAAAGUUCAUAUCCAGUUUUGGGAGAGAAUGGCAAGUGGGGAGAUAAAGGUCCUAAGACAGGUGGAGAUGGGGUUAGAGGCCCACCUAUGGAAAGGCUGUUGUGAUUACUUAGAGGUUUGUCAAACAAAGCCAGAUAAAAAAAGACAGAUGGGGGAGAACAGGCUGUGGAAGAGUUCAGCUCUUUUCCAUUUGGAGAAAAGCUGGUUUUAAACAGCCUGGGUAGAAAAAUUAGCAGCAGAACUGGAGAGUUCUAUUUUCCUUGGCUUCCUCACUCCAGAAUAGGUGCUGAUUCUUCCUCAUCUCUGUUCCCUGCUACCUAAAUUUGUGGUGUGGUGUCACCAGCCUGUCAAGCCACCUGGCUUUGGGCCCAGGCUGCCCAGUUUAAGCAAAGCCAGUGAGGCUUAUGGAGCCAAGCAAGUCCAGGUCCUCAAAGCACCUCAACCACUGUGGCCUUCUCUCCUUGGUCUAGACCAAUGUGGUCUCACACAGCCACAAAGGGACAUACCAGUGGCAAAAGGCUCAGCCUGUUCAAUGAUGACAUGAGCAAUCUCAAAUCCAAACAAUGACACACGAGCAAAUAUGCUUAGAGAGGACAGGUCAUCUCCAGUACAGGUUGUGGCAGAACUAACAUUUGAAACUUGCUUUUUAAAAACAACUUUUAUGUUUAUCUUUGUUACUUUAAUAUUCCUGCCACUUGCCAGAGGCAUUUUCUUUAAGUCCCACAUCAGUAUCCUUUUUGUGUGUGCCAGUUUUGUUACUCAUCACAAUGAAGCUGAAAAAUAAAGUUGCUUUUGACUGAA